UACACUCACUUGUUAACUCACAGCUUACGGAUGGAACCUGAAGAAACCAACACCGCCGUCGAUGCUGACGUAAGCGGAGAUGAAGGGUUGCUCGGGUUAGGUGAAGGAGGUGGCAGUGGCGGCGGCGACGGCGGUGGUAGCGGUAGGGACAGAGUGAAGGGUCCUUGGUCACCGGAAGAAGACGCCAUUUUAAGCCGCCUCGUCAGCAAGUUCGGCGCCAGAAACUGGAGCCUCAUCGCUCGCGGGAUCGCCGGAAGAUCCGGCAAAUCUUGCCGGCUCCGGUGGUGCAAUCAGCUUGACCCUGCCGUUAAGCGCAAGCCCUUCACUGAUGAGGAGGACCGGAUCAUAGUUUCUGCUCAUGCAGUCCACGGGAACAAAUGGGCAGCCAUUGCCAGACUUCUACCAGGAAGAACUGAUAAUGCCAUUAAGAACCACUGGAAUUCCACUUUGAGGCGCCGGGGAGUUGAACUUGAUAAGAUUAGGCUAGAAUCUGGUAACAUAGUGGAUGAUGUUAGCUUGGACAAAGCCAAAGCAUCAUCUGAAGAGACUCUAUCUUGUGGAGAUGUUAAUUCCUUGAAAUCCUCUGAAGGAAGGGAUGUCAGUUCUGUGGAGAUCAUGGACGAUAAAUAUGAAGACAAAGCACGGACUGAGGGUCAAUUAUACCAUGAAGCCAAGGAUCCACCUACCCUUUUUCGGCCAGCAGCACGUGUAAGUGCUUUUAGUGUAUAUCCCUCUUUUGAAGGUUUACAGCCUUCAACAUCAAUUCAAAGGCCUGUUCCAAUGCAAGGACCCAUUUUGCAAUCAUCAAAACCAGAUAUUGAAUUUUUAAAAAUGGUUGAAGGGAUUUAUGGUGACCGUUCUGUACCUCACCAGUGCGGCCAUGGUUGCUGUGCUGUUCCAAAUGAUAAAGGGUACAAAAGCUCUUUGUUGGGACCAGAAUUCAUUGAAUUUUCAGAACCCCCAUCUUUCCCUAGUUUUGAGUUGGCUGCAAUAGCUACUGACAUUAGCAGCCUUGCUUGGAUUAAAAGUGGGUUGGAGAGUAGUAGCGUCAAAGUGAUGGGUGACACAGCUGGCAGGGUAAUAUCUAAUGAAUCUCAAGUACAUAUUGGCCAUUAAAAUGCCAAAUAAAUUUUCAGUCCUAUUCUAAGUGGGAGGGACAGAAUAAUGGGCAUGAAGACCAUAAUGAUGUCAACCUGUUUGCCUGGAAAGUAUAC